AUGUCAUAUCAGUGUCCUUCGUGCGGCAAAGACAAUUUCAAAGACCAUGGCACUGUGGCUCAACACAUGAGCCAACCUCGCUCUGGCUGUAACACUUGGCUACAGGAUCUAAUAAGGUUGCGUUCAGCAUCUGUUCAUACUACUGCUAACUCUAUGAAUACUGACGAACCGAAUAUUCCUGACAUCGACUCAGAGCUUGAUGGGCCUGGAUUUGGAGAUUGGAAUGAGAUCGACAACUUUCUUUCACUCGAGAUGAUCAAGAGUCUUCCGUUGUCCUUUCGUUCAGCCAAGGAACUACGUGGUCGAGCCGAAAUGCUACCUAGCGGUCCACGCUGGUUCUCCCAAACGAUCCUUACUGCACAUCCGACAAAAUUACCUGUCGUUUUGUAUUGGCGUGAUCCCCUGGAAUGCAUCGCGAGCAUUUUAAAUCACCCUUUCUUCCACGAUCGCAUAGAUUUUACGUCUCGCAGGGUAUAUACUACUGCGCAGCGACUGUGUCGCGUGUACUCUGAAUGGAUGACUGGUGAUGACACGUGGAACAUGCAGUCAGCCCUGCCAAGAGGUGCAACGCUUCUUGGGACAAUUUUGUCAUCUGACAAGACCAACAUUUCUAUGAUGACGGGCAACAGAGUCGCACAUCCCCUCCUUAUCAGUCUCGCUAAUAUACACAUGUCCACGGAGCUCAAGUCGUCAUCUAAUGCCUUCGUUCUUACCGCCCUCCUCCCCGUACCAAAAUUUAUUUAUAAAAAAAAAUCCGCUCGCAAAGGAGUCAUGUUGUCCGAUCCUGUUGGACACAGUCGAUACUGUUUCACACCAUUCGCAAGCUAUAUCGUCGACACUCCAGAGGCCAUGAUGCUGGCUACUGUUGGUGGGAAAACCUCCCCAGUCACCAUGGCCAUGUACAAGCAGUUCAGAGACAGUUUCCGCCACGAGCCUUGCAUGAAAUCAACUACGCUAGCCCAGCUACGCGUCAUCUGGACAAGGGCAGAUCCUGGCGAUAUCGAAGCGUUCUUUCGCGAAGCUCAGAAAUUUCGCUUAAAUGGCGUAUCUGAACCAUUCUUUGAGGACUGGGCACUUUCUGACCCAUCCCAUUUUUUCACUCCUGAGACACUCCACCACAUCCAUCGAGAAUUCUAUGACCACAAUGUGAAGUGGCUCAUUUGUGCGGUUGGGGAUGCCGAGCUUGAUUUUCGCUUUUCUGUGAUGCAGCCCAUCACAGGGUUUCGCCAUUUUCAUGGUGGUAUUUUGAAGCUCAAACAAGUUACAGGGCGUGCUCAGCGUGACAUACAGCACUCGAUCAUUGCGGUUAGUGCAGAUGCAGCACCUAGUGCCAUGAUCACUGCCAUCCGAGCUCUAAUGGACUUUCGUUACCUUGUGCAAUCACCUUGGAUUAACAACAUCGAUCUCGAGCGCAUUUCUGCAGCUCUCGAAGAAUUUCACGCCAACAAAAAUGCAAUUCUUGCUGGUGGUUUUCGUCACAGUCAGCGUGGUAGAGUCAUCGAUAACUGGUAUAUCCCGAAGAUUGAGCUUAUGCAGAGCAUAGUUCCAAGUAUCCAAAACAGUGGAGUUAUCAUGCAAUGGACUGCUGAUACUACAGAACACGCACACAUCACCGAAAUCAAGGAUCCCGCACGCUCGAGCAACAACAACAAUUACAAUUCGCAGAUCUGUCGACAUCUGAACCGCGCUGACAAAUGCCAUCGCUUCGAACUCGCCACGAGUCUGCUGGACAAUAUGUCAGGCUCGAAGCAGCAGGUUGAUGAUGCUGCUGCUGAUGAUGUUGAUUUCAAUGAAGACGACAACGACAACGACGAUUAUGACAUCCCAGCAGAGCUUCUGGAGACCAUUGAAUGUCCCGGCUAUUCGUGUCCCAUCACCAAUCACUUUGCAAUUGCAAAGCUCCUCCAGCACAGGGAGGUGGGAACUGUCCCUAUGCCAUUGCGCCCGUUCUCUGUUGGAUGCACAUCAUUUCAUCUCGCCUAUGCCCCAUCCAUCAGAGCCAUCUCUAUUGACGAUGCUGCUCUCAUGUUUGGCCUUCCUGACCUACGACCAGCCAUUUCUGACUUUCUUGGUUGCGAAACUGCUCGGGGGCAGGAUUUUGUUCACACCAUUGGGGGGGCUAGAAGAGCUGGACCCACUGCUUCGCUUCCAUUCGAAAAGCUCCAAGUCUGGUUUAAGCUUUGA